UUCAACCCGAAGGGAACCCUGAAAAGCAAAAAAAUCACAAAUAAUAAAAACAGAAUAUGGUUCAGUGAUACGUACUACAAAUGGAUAUUAUUACGGCAGUGACAAGAACUCAAGUGCUACAUAAACAGAGUCAGACCAAAGAACUGUAAACAGAAUCCAUUGGAAUUCAGAAUUCAAUAACAAAGUGUACAUUACCAGUGUGAACCACAAGUCAAUAAAAAAAAUAAAAUUCACAUUAAAUCGAAGAUACAAUCAUCGAUUGGAAAGAAUUGAUACAACACUCAGAAGCAUGAAAUUAAGACUUUUGCGCUGUUUGCGCCAACAACCUUCAAAGCAGGCGGCGAUCGGACAGAAGGAGGCCGAACUCCAGGCGGUGCAUGAUCACCACAUGCUCAAGGACAUGGCCAAGUCACCCUUCCGCGAUACACCGGUAAAGAUCCUGCUCCUGGGCACGGCCGAAUCGGGCAAGACCACCAUCAUUAAACAGAUGAGGAUACUACAUAUCAAUGGAUUCACGGACGCUGAACGCCGUGAUAAGGUACCUGAGAUAUACCAGAACAUCCACGACAGUAUCCUGCAAUUGGUGGCUCAAAUGGGAGUCCUCGGAAUCGAUUUCGGCAGUUGCACUAGCGAGCGAUCAGCCGACUAUAUCCUCUCCCUGCCCAGCCUGGCCCCCGAAUACAUGAAUGAGGAGUACUGUGAUCACGUCAUGGCUCUCUGGAAUGAUGUGGGAAUCCGCGCCUGCUACAAUCGCUCCAAUGAAUUCCCUCUCCUGGAUAGCGCGAAAUAUUUCCUGGACAACUUUGAGCGGAUCAGCGAUGUUGAGUACAUACCCAGCACCGAGGACAUCCUGCACAGCCGGAAAAUCACCACGGGCAUCUCGCAGAUCUCCUUCCGAGUGGAGAUCCCCAAGAGCAUGGGCGGCGGCGAGCAGGAGUUCCGCAUGUACGAUGUGGGUGGCCAGCGGGAUCAGCGCAACAAGUGGAUCCAGGUCUUCGAAGGCAUCCAGGCAGUGCUGUUCCUCAUCUCAUGCAGCGAGUUCGAUCAGAAUCUGCGAGAGGAUCCCACCCAGAAUCGACUGCAGGAGGCCCUCAAAUUGUUCCGAGCCGUGUGGCAGAAUCGCUUCCUGGCCUCCGCCGGAUUGAUAGUCUUCCUCAACAAGUACGACAUCAUGGAGCGAAAGAUCCGGGCUGGCAAGCACAUUGUGGACUACUUUCCCGAGUACGAGGACUUCUGCAAGCGUCCCCAGCAAGACAAUUGCUUCGAUGAGAGCGACUGGACGAAGAUGUUCAUCAAACAGAAACUGGUGGACAUCACCCAAGAACCCUUCAAGCGCCACUCGCGGAAUCAGGUCGAUCUGGGAACGUCGGAGCGGGAAUGCUACUACCACUUCACCGUCGCCACGGACACACGGUGCAUCAAGGAUGUGUUCUGCGACGUCCAGAAGAUGAUCCUCUCGGAGAACGUGGCCGGAACGAGCCUGUUAUAGAUCGUUCGCCUCUCAAAAAAUCAAGGGACUUCCCCGUGUCCCCGCCCAACUGUGAUCUAGUAGGAUAUACCUUAAGUAGCCAUGUAGGAGCCUUAGCUUGUAGUGGCAUCGGACCAGUCAUAGGUCAUACGAUGCCUGGUAUAACGCUUUAAUAAAAACUAUUUAAAUACUUUUCAAAUAAGAAAGUCCUUUAAGGAUUUAUCUCACUUCUCGACAA